AUGGUCGCUGGCUGUGGGAACAAGUGCGUCAAAUAUAUUUUUUGGGCUAUAAACUUCUUGUUCUUCUUGUUAGGAGCAGCGAUCCUUGGUAUUGCACUAUGGUUACGAUUCGACAACUCAUUCUUGACAAAAGUCAUAAGCACUAUCAAAAUCGAUAUAAACAGUUUGCCUUUAGAAAGCUUUUAUUGGUUACUAUAUGUGGUGAUCGGUUUUGGUGGUGUUCUGUUGAUUCUCGGAUUUCUCGGAUGUUGUGGUAGCGCUUGUGAACUGAUAUGUGCAAUAGGUCUGUACUUCCUCUUCGUGCUCAUUUUGUUCGUUGUCGAAAUUGUCGGAAUUGUGCUGUACUUUGUCAACAAAGCUUCAAUACGAGAUAACUUCGUCAAUCUAUGGCGUUCUGAAUUAGUGAGCAAAUAUGGAUCAUCGCAAACAAUUCGAGAUACGUUGGAUAAUAUUCAAAGCCAGCUGCAUUGUUGUGGUGCAUCCGGUUGUGAGGACUACAUAGUCUACGGACAGUAUCCGAGCUCUUGUCAAUGUGCCACCAAUCCAUCUCAAACUGGAUGCGCUACGUACAUAUGGCAAAUCCUUGAAAGUAAUCUGAUUUACGUCAUCAUUGUAGCCGCGAUAAUCCUUCUUGUUGAGCUAUUUGCAAUGAUUUUCUCAUGUAUACUGAUGAGCGCAGUCAAGGACAAGAGGAAUAGUUAG